AAAACAUAGCAUUUGCGCGGUACAACCCCUAAACUUCACAUCAGUUCUUCAGGCGGAGGAAGUCACACUUUCAAUACAUAUAGUGUGUAGUUUGAUUUAGGGUUGAUUUUUCCUCCGGCCCGGUGGUGUUUGAAUCAUUAUUCCCAAAGGUAAUUUUGGUGAAAAUGUUGCACAAAUGAACGGAUCUAUCCAACGAAUCCUUGGUGAUGCAAUGUGUGAAAAUUUCAGUCCCGAUAUUUUUUCCUUGCGACACACCAUUAGUGUGUACAUUUAAACAGUGUUGUUAAGUGAAAAUCAGGCAUUAAUUAUCUAAAUAUUUGAAGUUGAUCAAAUAUUAAGUGGAAAUACCGGUCGAAUAAAAUAACGCUGACAAGAUGGAUAUAAUUUCUGAAGGUAAAAAUUUCGUUCUGGUCAAAGAAGAAGACCUACAUGAAGUACUUAAAGUACUAGAAAAAUACUUUCCGUAUGCUAUCAAGUUCCAUCAAACUAUAAGGACGUACCUGAAAGAUAAGAUUUGGCAGUUUCACUUCUACAUCUCUAAAACAUGGCCUGAAGAUCCAAUUUGUUUGCAUUUUCCAGGAUGCACCUAUACCCCAUAUAAUAAAAUCUAUGAAAGUGUUGGUAUAUUUUGUCCGCCAGAUCAACUUGACAAAAUGUCAAUGAUAGAACGGGAGGACAUUCUUUUCAACUGGACUGAACCGAUCUAUAUGAACUUCACACAUGUCGGCAUAAUGAACAAAAUGGAUAACAUCUUCCGCACAAAAGUCAAUGGACAACUGGUUGGCCGCAUCUACGGGGACAUUUACGUUCAUGAGUGCCCAUCGGAGCUGGAGCUCGAGUUGGAACCGUUGCCGAUGAAUGAAGCCACCAUACAGCACCUGAAACUGGCAAACGUCAAGGACAUCCACGAUUUGUACCCGGCUAGGGAUAUCGAAAGCGCGGAGCUGUUCGAGAAGCUGAUGAACCAGCUGCCUGGCUUUGGAGUUUUCAGUAAAUCCAACGACGAACUAGCCGCGUGGAGCUUGCAGUCGUACUACGGGGGGAUGUUUUCGAUGCAAACCAAGCCGGAGUUCAGGCGAAAAGGGUAUGGCAUUCAGCUGGCACAGGCGCUCACCAAACUUGUAAUACAACGAGGGUACGUGCCGUUUGUUGUGAUAAGACCGGAAAACGAAGCUUCUCGUGGUCUUUAUACUAAGCUAGGAUUCAGAAAAGCAUUUGAAAGCGUUAGAGGAACUUUCAAACCGUACAUUUACAACGUGGAAGACGACAAGGAAAACGAAGAGAAUCAAAACCAAGACUCCAACUGUGACAGGGAGAAAAAGAACUGUUGAGCAAAGCAAGGAAAUCCAAUAUCUAUCUAUCUUCUGCGCACGUAUUUUUAUAGCUAGCGUAUUUCAAAUGCAAUCAAUAAACAAUUUGCUUGAUUGAAUCAGAA